AUGGAGCAAGAAAACGAGAAGCAGGAUACUGCAGCCAAUCCCAUUGUCGAGGAUCACUCGAAUUCCAACGACCAAGUUUCAGCCUUCAGUGGAUUUUUCAGAGUGUUCAGGUAUGGCUCACCAAGCGACUAUGUGCUUGAAUUACUUGGAAUCCUGGCCGCAAUCGGAUCAGGUAUUGCCUUGGCGCUUGUCAAUAUCGUUCUCGGAGACUUCAUCAACCUGCUUAUCGAAGUCACCUCUGGAGAUUCAAUACCGGACGACUUUAUGUCGCGGGUGAGCUCAGCCGCGCUUCGCUUUGUCUACAUCGGCAUUGCUCGGUUUGUUUUCACUUACAUCUACGCCUCGCUCUUCACCUACGUCGCCUACCACCUCACCAGAAACAUCCGGCACAGCUAUCUCCGCGCUGCUCUAAGCCAAGAAAUUGCGUUCUUUGACGGGGGUCAUUCGGGAUCCGUAUCAAUGCAGGCAACUUCCAAUGGCAAGCUAAUACAGGCUGGGAUCACGGAAAAGUUGGGUCUCUGUGUACAAGCUACCUCGACAUUUGCGGCAGCUUUCGUCAUUGCCUUUAUCAGCCAAUGGAAACUAACGCUGAUCACAUUGUGCAUCAUCCCAGCCAUAUUCUUGACUAUCGUUGCCGCAUCUACCGUAGAUGCCGGGAUCGAGACGAGUAUUCUAAAGAUAUACGGACAGGCUGGGAGCUACGCCGAGAAUGUGCUCGCGGGUAUCCGGACUGUACAUGCCUUCAGGCUCUGGGAUCAUGUGGGUGUCAAGUAUGAGGACUUCCUCGACAGAGCCUACAAGCGUGGGAUGAGGAAAAACAUGAUCUACGGGGUUCUUUUCGGCGCAGAAUUCUUCAUUGUCAAUUCCGGAAUCGGUCUCGCGUUUUGGCAAGGCAUCAAGAUGAUGGGAAGAGGAGAAAUUGCGGAAAUUGGCACCGUCUUCACAGUCGUUUUUUCCAUCAUUGUUGCGGCGACGAUGAUUGCCUCUAUAGCUCCCCAUACGAUCGCUUUUAGCCGUGCGGCGACCGCUGCCGCCGAGCUAUUCACCCUGAUUGAUAGGAAAUCUCAACUAGACCCUUUUGAUGAACAGGGUGAGCGACCGAGCGUUGUUGAAGGGUCCAUCGACAUGAGGGGCGUAACAUUUUGUUACCCUUCCCGCCCAGAAGUUACUGUCCUGCGAGAAUUCAGCCUUCACAUCCCAGCAGGCAAGGUCACUGCUCUUGUGGGGCCAAGCGGGUCUGGCAAAAGCACAAUUAUUGGACUGCUCGAGAGAUGGUACAGCUCAACUUCCGGCAGCAUCCGACUAGAUGGGACCGAGCUUGACCAGUUGAACCUGAAGUGGCUGAGGACAAACAUUCGGCUUGUCCAGCAAGAACCUGUCUUGUUCAACACAACGGUGUUUGAAAAUAUCGCCAACGGCUUAGUCGGAACCGAAUGGGAGGACUGUUCUACCCAAGAGAAGGUCCGACGAGUUGAAAGCGCCGCAAAGCUUGCCUUUGCGCACGACUUUAUUCUUGAGUUGCCACAAAAAUACGAUACAAGGAUAGGCGAGAGAGGUGGACUUCUCUCAGGUGGGCAGAAGCAAAGGAUCGCCAUCGCUCGGAGCGUAAUCUCUGAACCGAAAAUUCUUCUGCUCGAUGAAGCAACAAGCGCCCUCGACCCCAAGGCUGAGGGCAUCGUGCAGCAAGCAUUAGACAACGCCUCUCAAAAUCGUACCACGAUUACGAUAGCCCACAAACUGUCCACCAUCCGCAAUGCAGACAACAUUGUUGUCAUGUCAACUGGCGGAAUCGCUGAACAAGGCACUCAUGCAGAAUUGGUCUCCUCCGGCGGCUUGUAUUCCAGCCUUGUUCACGCUCAGGAUCUCUCAGCUGCCCCGGAGAGCACCGCAGAUGAAUCAAGCUCCGACGAAGAUGCCGUCGAGGAGACAAAGCUCGGGCUUCGCCAGUCCCUCAGCAAAGUUCAUACCAAGGAUGUUGAACACUUGGAGUUGUUGAAAGAUCGUGAAGAUUAUGACCUUCAUAAGCCUAUGGGGCUAAUGCGAAGCGUAACUCGUUUGAUUAUGAAAACACCUGAGCUGGCAAUCUGGUACAUCGUCAGUUUCGGCACCAGCGCGAUUGGCGGUGCCAUCUUUCCCGCUCAAGCCAUUCUCCUUGGAAAUGUCCUGGAUGUCACGAACUCUCCAAACAUGGUCUCUCGUGGAAGUUUCUACGCACUCAUGUUCUUCAUCAUGGCAAUUGCCAGCUUAAUCGUCUACUUUGUCAUGGGCUGGGCGACGAAUAUCAUAGCGCAGUCACUCAAUAGACGUGUCCGGAAAGAAAUGUUGAGCUCGGUUAUCAAGCAGGACUUACGCUUUUUCGAUCGGCCGGAGAAUACGGUCGGCGCCAUCAUCAGUCGAAUUGACUCCUACCCCCAAGCCAUCCUGGAGCUAAUGGGGAUGAAUAUGGGUAUGGUGUUCUUAUCCGGGGCCAUGGUACUCAUCAGCGCCAUUCUGGCACUUGCAGUGACCUGGAGAGUCGGUGUAGUUGGAGUUUUCGUGGGUCUGCCGCCACUCCUUCUCGCUGGAUACGCUCGAAUCCGCCUCGAGGCGAAGAUUGAGAGCGACAUGGGCAAAGGGCUGGCUGCGAGCUCUUCAUUGGCCUCGGAAACCGUUAACGCCAUUCGAACCGUUUCGUCCCUCGCUAUCGAGCAACGCGUGCUGAAUCUUUAUGGCGACGAGCUUGAUACGGCCAUUAGCAAAUCCGCCCCAAGGAUGUUCUUCAUGAUGAUCUGGUUUGCACUAACCCAGUCCAUUGAAUAUUUCAUUCUUGCCCUCGGCUUUUGGUGGGGAGCAAAACUUAUCGGUGAAGGGAAAGUCAGUUUCUACGAAUUCACUGUUUCGUUCAUGGCUAUCUACUUUUGCGGCCAGGGAGCCGGCCAAAUGUUUAGCUUUUCAAGCAGUUUCACGAAGGCAAACCAAGCAGUGAACCAUUACUUCUGGUUAUUGGGAUUACAACCAACCAUCCGAGAAACCGACGAAAAUCGGGAUGUCGCUCCGCAGAAUGGAUGCAGCUCUUACGACUUACAAAACAUCAAGUUUGCAUACCCAUUAGCGCCAAAUAAUACAGUUCUGAAGGGAGUAUCUCUGAAUAUCCGCCCCGGGGAGUUUGUCGCCUUCGUAGGUGCAUCUGGCUGUGGCAAGAGCACGAUGAUAUCCCUCCUAGAACGGUUUUACGAUCCUGCAAGUGGAUCUAUAGUCAUCGACUCGGCGCAGUCCCUAUCUGAAAUGAACCCUCAUCAUUACCGAAAGCACGUCGCGCUCGUACAGCAGGAGCCUACUCUCUUCCCAGGCUCUAUACGGGAAAACAUCGCCAACGGGAUUGAUAACCCGGCAGGUGAAAGGAGCCAUGACGAAGAAAUCGAGGCAGCUUGUCGGGCAGCCAACGCCUGGGACUUUGUGUCUUCCCUCCCGGAAGGCCUCGAAACCCCGUGUGGCACCAGCGGAAGUCAGCUUUCAGGCGGCCAGCGACAGCGUAUUGCCAUCGCACGGGCUCUGGUGAGAAAUCCGAACGUCAUUCUCCUCGAUGAGGCUACGAGUGCACUCGAUACCGAGUCCGAGCGGGUGGUUCAAGGCGCUCUUAUGACAGCAGCUAAGGCGGGAGAUCGCAUCACUAUCGCAGUUGCGCACAGGCUGUCCACUAUCAGGGAUGCGAAUCGUAUUUUCGUCUUCUAUCAAGGGCGGAUUGCCGAAGUGGGCACUCAUAACGAACUGUUGCAGCAGGGUGGAAUGUACACCAAGAUGUGUGAGGCGCAAAGGCUCGGUGUCUAA